CAUAAUUUUCUCAAAGGCAAAGGUCAUAACUCACUUUCUCUCUUUCUUUCUUUAUUUCAUUGAUUUUCAUUUUGAAAUUUGAUAAAAUUAAUUAACAUGGCUGGAAUAGCUUUUGGACGAUUUGAUGAUUCAUUCAGCGGAGCCUCUAUCAAGGCUUACCUUGCUGAGUUCAUCUCCACCCUACUCUUCGUCUUCGCCGGAGUUGGCUCCGCCAUUGCUUUCAAUAAGGUAACAUCUAAUGGUGCACUUGAUCCGGCGGGAUUGGUGGCGAUUGCAAUUGCACAUGGAUUAGCUUUGUUUGUGGCUGUUUCUGUCGGAGCUAAUAUCUCCGGCGGACAUGUCAAUCCGGCUGUUACUUAUGGGUUGGCUGUUGGUGGUCAGAUCACUAUUAUCACCGGAAUAUUCUAUUGGAUUGCUCAACUUGCUGGAUCCAUUGUUGCUUGUUAUCUUCUUAAAUUUGUCACUGCAGAUUUGGCAAUUCCAACCCAUAGCUUAGGGUCAGGAGUGGGAGUGACAGAAGGAGUGGUGAUGGAGACAGUAAUAACGUUUGCAUUGGUGUAUACGGUGUACGCGACCGCAGUGGAUCCCAAGAAGGGUUCAUUAGGCACUAUUGCUCCAAUUGCAAUCGGGUUUAUUGUCGGAGCUAAUAUCUUGGCUGCCGGUCCAUUCUCUGGUGGAUCCAUGAACCCGGCCCGAUCAUUUGGGCCUGCAGUUGUAAGUGGUGACUUUAAAGAUAACUGGAUUUAUUGGGUUGGGCCUCUUAUUGGUGGUGGGCUUGCUGGUGUUAUUUAUCCAAAUCUCUUUAUGAAUCAACAACAUGUCCCUCUCUCUUCUUCUGAUUUCUAAAAGCCUCUUUCUUCAAAGAGAGAAAAUUUCAUUUCCUUCACUUUUUUUUUAUUUAAUUAAUCAUUUGAGUGUUGUUAUGUCGUGUGUUUCCUUUUCUACUUUUAUUAUGUAUUUAUCUCUUAUCGUAUGUCAAUGACAAUGCUUCAUUUAAUCCA